GCGAGACUGUCUCUGGAUGAGGUCCAGCAGAGCUCCUCCUCCCCUUCUUCUCCUAGUUUCAUGCAUUCCAGAAAUCUUUCUGUUGUCGGAUUUUCACUGUUAAAAGUUCAUCUGAAGGAUUGUAAAGAUUGUUUUCUCGUGUGACACAUAAACCCUGUAGGAGGUAUCUCAGGCUUGUAAUCGCACACCUAGUCGAGGAGUGGUCCCAGCACUGAUCCCUGGGGCACACCCUUGGAUAUACUAAGAGGGCUAGAGUAACAUGUCCUCUGAGGGGACAGUGCCAGCAGGUGAAACCAGGUUACAUCGACUCUUCGCCUGGUUUGACCCUGAAAGUGCUGCGGUGGUGACCAUCCUUUUGGGGCUGUUCCAGGUGCUGCUGUCUGUCCCGCUAGCUUAUGCUGACCAAACUCUGCCAAAGCUCUACAUACUGCCACUUGUCUUAGGAAUUUUAAUUGUGGCAGGAGGAUCAUUCACCAUGGCCAAUGAGAGGAACCCCAGCAGACUACUGCUUCGGAGUUGUGCAUGCAGUAAUGUGGUUGGCCUGCUGGGGGCGCUGCUCGCCUUCUGCCUCUACUGCUACAGCUUCAUCAUUUUACACAAAAAAGAGUUGUGUGUGUACGUUUCUCUUGGCCAUGAAUACGGACGACAUUCAAGUUAUGGGUGUCCUGGGGAGCUUCUGCAGGCCUAUUGCUGGAGUGUGACACUGCUGCUGCUGCUGCAUGACACUUGGGCUGCGGUCCUGCACUGCCUCCUGUCUGUCUCUGCUCUCAAAGCCCUCAGAAGAGACUAAUACACACAUACAUGGUGAAUAACUCCUUAUCAGCAGCUGAAUUGAAAACCACUUGUUUUUCCCUUACAAAUGUUUAAAAGCAGAUUUCUCUUUUAGUGGAUUUGGAGUUUUCAUAGUACGGAUGAAAAUGUGUUCUGACAUCAUAGAGUCUGACAUCACAGCAGUGGCCGGCAGGAAAUAAGUUCUUAGCACAGAAUUAAAUAGUCAGUAAAUAGAUGAUGAAAUAUUUUACAACGUCACGUGAUUAUGUCACGUAGUGAAGGUCCAGUAUGCCUGUUCCUGGAUUGGUACUUUCCAAUGGUCAUAUAUGUCGUUUUGUGAGGCAAUGACAAACGACCCAUUUUGUUGUUUCGGUAUGUAAAUGUAUUUGUAUAGCGCCUUUCUAGUCUUUUCGACCACUCAAAGCGCUUUUACACUACAUCUGCAUUCACCAUUCACUCACAUUCACACACUGAGCCUAAGUGCUCAAACAGAAAUUAACUUUCAAGGAAAUUCAUGUUAAAGAUAAUACAUGAAAAUAAAGUUAUUUUUAAAUCAUCAUUAAUAUUUAUAUUAUAAUAUAUCAGUGUAUAUGUGGUCGGAUCAAUAACCCUAAACAUUAGUACAGAAAUACCAAAGUAGGUUUGAGGUAAUUUAGAAACAGUUUGUCCACCAGACAGCUCUGACAAGCUGAUUUUUACACUGUAAAAUGUCAAUCACAAAAUCAGUUAAUCAAUAAAUAAAACAUUUAAGUGAUCCUUA